AUGGAAGAGCGAGGUGCGCUACAUCUUCAGGAUAUUUUGCCAAGCAAUAAUCGUUUGGAAGAAGGUGAAAUAUCAGAAUAUGCUGAGCGCCACUCAACUAUCUCAAGAGCAAACUCUACGCCGUCGCAUGAUGAGGAGCUCCCAUCCUAUGGCCAAGUGCACUCGACAGGCAAUAUUAUUGCAAGAGGACACAGCACCCUACUUCAUCGCUCCGCGUGGGUGACCAUUGUCACAAUCCUCUAUAUUGCUAUGGCUAUUUAUGCCUGGGUUAUGACGGUGAUUCUUUCUUUUCGCCCGAUCAACGGCAAGUCAUGGGGCUAUGAAAUCAAGAAUGCAAUCUACGAUGACGACGAGUCAAUGGCCAACUUUGCACGGUCUGCGAAAAUAUAUCGCUCCGUGUAUAUAGUGCAGUCCAUCGUGGAGGUCGCUACACUUCCCUUAAUUACCGCCGUCUGCGCGAGUGCUGCAGUGGUCUUUACACAGAACCAAAACGACAGGGACUUUCGACUGCGCCAAGUUACUGCUUUGGCCGAUCGAAGAUGGGACGACCCCUCUUUAUACUUGUCAUUAGUCCGAGGAAGGUGGAAGCAACAUGGCAGCGCAUUGCUGUUUGGCGCGAUUAUUGUUUACAUCUUCGGUGCUAUCACUUAUCCCAUACAAUCGCUGUUCCUUACCACGGAAAUUAUCAAGAUUCCAACGGAGCCUAGCAACAGAGCAGCAAUCAGUGACUUCAACACCAAGGAUAGCAAGUACAUCAGUACUCUCAACAGUCAAGCUGGCCUUGAUGUGCUUCAGGCCCGCAGUGCUCUCAGCCAGGCAGAUCGCUCCACCUACUACCCUAAUAUAUGGAGUAACGACAGCGGUGUGCAGUUUCUGACGCUUCAUGGAUUGUCCUCUGACAAUUUCUAUUCCCAGCUACCCAGUGGAUUCAACACAGGUCUGCUGCGUCAAUUCGCACCACGCGUGAAUUCUACGGCUACUUAUGAAACUAUCGCCGCAGAACAAUUUCCAGCCAACUGUAGCACUGAGUCGGGCGCCCUUUACCUCGAUUAUCAAUCUUCAUAUGAUUUUGAUGACGCUGAUACCAGCUACUACGGCCUCAUCGCCUGCAUGCCAGCAAGCAGUACGAAAUCUCGCUGGCAAAUGACACGCGACCGGCAAGACUUCACCGAAGUUCUCUACCUGAAUUUGACUGGUUCAGACAUCGCCGCUUUCAGCUCCGCCGAAUAUUCAUACAUCACACAGUAUCUCUACAAGAUUACCGUCAAUACCACAUCCGGCUAUUUUGAGCUCCCCAAUUACAUGAACGACAACAUCGCGGGCCCUCUCCUCGAAACCGACCCCGAGAACUUUUGCGACGAAAAAUGCAUGGUCCAAUCAUCCAAAUAUUCAUGGCAGACGUCGACAUACGACCGCCCCCUCCUCAUGACCACCCUUGCAACUUUCGGCCCGGGCUCGUUCAUCGAUACCUUCCCAGCAGCCUACGCUGCCAUCGAGGCUGAAAGCAAAGCUACGGGUGCUAUAAACAGAAAUUUCUCGGGCGUCUGUAUCGCCAACCCACCUCUCUCAAAUCUCAUUCUCGACACAUCAGAAGGCAGGCUUGAUGACGAGUGCAUCUCCUUCAGCAUCUGGACCGAGGAUGCGUGGAACCCGGCCGGUUCGCUCAUCUCCACAUGGCUGCAGUGGUUUACCAAUGGCGCGAAUAGAUUCCCGUCAGUUUUCACGGCGGCAGCAUACUUAUGCAAUGCACAGCUGCUUAAUGUUCUCCCAGGGAGCUGGGACGUGUACCAGGAUCUAGGGAAGGACAUGGAGAUACCGUCCAUUUCCAUGGGGGGAAUUGUACUCGUCUCUAUCCUGAUGGGCUUCUAUUUGAUUCCGCUGCUGUUCUUGAGUCUGUAUGCGGGGUUCUCUGUGCGGUGGACGAGCCGUCUGGAUUCAUUUGUUAUGUUGCGGAUUGGAGCUGCGGCGGGUGAUAAGGUCUUUCCGAUGCUUGUUGGACGAAAGACGGACUAUGUUACUCAACUAGAUGAGGUGUCGGGGGUUGUGCGAGAUGUGUCAGUGGCAGGAGCUGAAGACGAGGUCGUUCCAAUAGGUAAGUUGGGAUUUGGAGAGGGGAAGAGGCUGAAGAAAGGGCGAAGAUACAAGUGUUUUGAGGGGGACGAUGAGGCGUUGAAUUCGCAAGAGUUCCAGCAGGUGCAACGGAGGGUACAACAUGGGUAA